UGGGCUGGUGGGGCUUUACACUAACAAACAGACAGGAAAUCAGGAUCUCAGUAGAGCCAUGGGACAAUAGCAUGGAGAUUAGAGACAAGUUAACCCCCCGUCCUCCUCUUUGUGACUGACAUGUUUGCUCUACAACUAGCUCCUUUAAUAAGCACACAAGCUAAUUUUGUUUCUCAUCUUUUCCUCUGAAACAUUUCUCUUGAACUAAAUGCCCUCUGGCAAAGUUUCGAUCUCUACUAAUAACAGAUGAAAAAAAAUGGAGGAGCUUCUGUUUUCCACCUACUUCCCCCCACAGGUAAAGAAUGCAGCCAAUCAAAGAGCAAAACUCAACGGUAACACCUAGGACUCCAGGGCAGACUUGCUCUGCGGUCAGGAUGAUGUAUUCUCAUGAAUUGCAGACUUUCUGAAACUGCUCCACUUUACAUAAGCUAAGGUAAGAAAAAAAAAAAACACAGGAGGAAAGCCUUCACCUGGAUGCCCUUGUACUCUGCCCUCCUCUGGUUUAUCAUUCACUUAAAGAGGACAUUCAGAAGAAACACACCUGUUGGAAAAUCUGCAAAGCAGGCCGGAUUUUACACCGCUUCAAAAACAGGAUUCAUUACCAAUGAACUAAAAGUCUAUCCAAAGGAGGAGAAAGAUGUUAUUAUACAUUUAGUCUGCAUCCCUUCCGCAGUAUUUACAGAGGAGGAAGUCUAUCCCCAGCAAAUCCAUCAGGAUGCCACUUAAAACAUCCCUGCAAAGAAAUUCCUCUUCGAGCCACUGCUCCAGCAGGACCUCAAAAAGGAGAGAAGUGCUGUCUGUCAACAUGAUCAGUCUACCUCUUGAUGAUUUCCGCCACGUCACUCACAUUGGAAUCAAUGGCCAAAAUGACAGUUUUGGGGAUUUAUCCUUCCUUAAGAUGGGUCAGGGUCUGCUUCGGCAGAGCUCCAAGAGUGAGCAGAACCUCUUCCUGAACUGCAAGCCACCGCCAAAGCCCCCUCGUUUGAAUCUGGAUGAAAGUGGGGGCGCGCAGAGCCCCGAGUGGGCUGUGGACCAGAAGAGGAAGAAGUGCAGCUCGUUGCCUCUACUGGACAGUGAAGAAGAAGAUAAGUGUGAAAAUGAGGAAGGGGAAGAAACAAGUAAUAACUUUGUUUCUAAUCAGACUCGCAGGUUUGGCAGCGUGGGUUCGGAUAGGGAAGGAGAGUUUACAGGGAGCUUUGAACAGUUCGAUGGAUUUAAUGAAGAGGACAGUGGCUUUUCUUUCAGUCUUGACCUGGGCCCUUCGAUCCUGGAAGAUGUUCUCCGGGUGAUGGACAAACUGCACAACUGAAGAAGCUUCAACAAGCUUCAAUGAGACACAACCUUAAUUUUAUAUCAAUAAAGCUAUGAUGACAUGUAA